CGCCAUCUUUACUGAGGGCAGAGCAGCUCGGAUGGCGGGGAGCGGGUUGCUGAGAGCGCGAGUCGACAGCCUCCUCCUCCACCGGCGCGGGAUUAGAAUUAUGUCCACCACAAUGGAUGCUCUCAAGCCUUUGAUAGCCGUUUGCCAGAUGACCUCAACGUCUGAUAAAGAGAAGAAUUUCACUGUAUGUUCAGGACUGAUCCAGGAAGCAGCCUCUCGAAAGGCAAGCAUGGUGUUUCUCCCUGAGGCUUUUGACUAUAUCGGUGGCAGCACCGAGGAGACCCUAAGUCUUGCUGAGACAUUGAAGGGGGACAUUAUUCAGCGGUACAUGAGCCUUGCCAGGAGAUGCAGUGUCUGGCUUUCUUUGGGAGGGUUUCAUGAGAAAGGACCCAACUGGGAAACUGAUCGCAGGAUAUUUAACUCUCACGUGGUCCUGGAUAAUACAGGUCACAUUGUAUCCAUUUAUCGCAAAACCCACCUCUUUGAUGUAGAUUUGCAUAGUGGGGUGUCGUUGAAAGAAAGCAAAUUUACCAUUCCUGGACCAGACCUCAUUCCGCCAAUUAACACACCUGCUGGCAAGGUUGGUCUUGGUGUGUGCUAUGAUUUACGCUUCCCAGAAAUGGCCCUGGCGCUGAUCCAGGAAGGAGCAGAACUCUUGACCUACCCUUCGGCCUUCACCGUUACUACUGGGAUUGCCCACUGGGAGGUCUUAUUAAGAGCCCGUGCUAUCGAAAAUCAGUGCUAUGUUGUGGCAGCAGCACAAACCGGUAGUCACAAUCUGAAGAGAUCUUCGUACGGCCACGCUAUGGUUGUAGAUCCAUGGGGCUCAGUCAUUGCACAGUGUCAGGACGGGAUAGGACUGUGCUAUGCCGAGAUCAACCUGCCCUUUCUCAGCCGCGUCCGCAGGGAUAUGCCAGUGCAGAGUCACCGGAGAACCGAUUUGUAUGGCAAGGUAGCCAUGAACACAAACGACUGAAAGUUUCAGUCUUACAUGCAACAAGGCAGAUCUCCUGAGAAAUAUGUUCUAAUUGCCAUAAAUUGUUGAUUGAACGAAAUAUAACACUUAACUAAUCUCUGAAAUCAGAACAGAGUCACGAUCAAGUUUCAUCGAUCAGUAGGCAAACCAAUGCAAUUAUUAUUAGUUCCAGAGAAUGCAGGCACUGUGCCACAUUAUGGAAUGGAACUUUACCUCUGCUGAAACAUUUGGCAGUGAUAUACAGCAAGGAAGAAGCUGUGUAAUUUGAUUUGACAGCAUAGAAGAUGUACAUUGUUUCAAUAAUUGUGGAUACAAAACCACCAUAUGGGAAUACAUAUAAAGUGCAAAAGGCAGACAAAAAUAUAAAGAAACACUAUAAGCACCCAGAAGUGCCUCUGUCGUGAGGAGCAAAGGCUAGCCCGUUUAGACAUUAAUCCUGCAAGUUAAAACAUUGCACGGUUAAGACAGCCACUAGAGGCACUUCCUGGAUUCUCACAGUUUAACUCCAUGAAACGACAUUGCACCCCAGGUUUUUUAUUUUAUUUUAUUAUUUAUACAAAAUCCACAUAGGAAAGUAUUUAUUCAAUGCUUUCCUCUGGGGAAGGUGUACUGCAUGAACAAAAGGCCCUCCAUUGGUCUGACAUUGCGGGAGGAGGCGCCUGAUCCAGCGCCAAGGGCACUAAAUGGUCUUUAGGUUCCCCCCCACCCUCGUGGCCCCCCUCCCGCCGGGCUCUAGGGGGAGGAAGAGGUUAAUCCCUUACCUUUCUCCAGCACGGAAUGCGCAUGAGCGGCAAGAGCCACGCGCGCAUUCAGUUAGUUUUAUGGACGCUGGCAUCUUCUCACUGUGAAA